AUGGCCCAACGAGUCACUCUCCGUAAGCGUACGCCGUACAACACCAAGUCCAACCGGCGUCGUGUCAUCAAGACCCCGGGCGGCAAGCUUCGUUACCUUCACAUCAAGAAGCUUCCCACUGCGCCGAAAUGCGGUGACUGCCACACGAAGCUGCCAGGUAUUGAGGCUCUCCGGCCUCGGGAGUACGCCAAUGUCAGCAAGACAAAGAAGACUGUCAACCGGGCAUACGGUGGAAGCCGAUGCGCAAACUGCGUCAGGACAAGAAUCAUCCGCGCUUUCCUUGUCGAGGAGGCCAAGAUUGUCAAGCAGGUUGUCAAGAAUGCUGCCAAGGCC